AUAAAAAGGUUCGUAAACUCAUGAAAAUAGAGGAAAGUAUUUUGCUAAAAAAAAAAACUGCAAAUUACUACUUCAGGCAAAUCUCCCAACUAAUUUUUGAAAAGAAUGAAUCCCUCCAAAUUCCUCAAAAACCUUCUGAAGAACCCAUCUUCCAUUUCUUCAGCAUCCCAAACAAAACAACUCCAUGCCCAGAUCAUUAAACACAAAGGACUUAACCCAUUUUAUCUCACUACCCUUCUCUCAAUCUACUCUAAUUUCAACCUCUUACCUGAGUCAAUCACUCUCUUUAAUCUUCUUCAAUCACCUCCACUUCUUGCUUGGAAAUCCAUCAUUAGAUGUUACACUUCUCUUGGGUUUUCCCUUGAAUGUUUGUAUUGUUUUAAUCAAAUGAGAGCUAUUGGGCUAUACCCAGAUCAUCAUGUCUUCCCUUCUGUUUUAAAAUCAUGCACUUUGUUUAAAAGUUUGAAACUUGGUGAAUCUGUUCAUGCUUGUAUCAUACAACUUGGUCUUGAUAUUGAUGUUUAUACUGGUAAUGCACUUAUGAAUAUGUAUUCAAAAUUGGAGGGUUUGGAUGAAAGGACUGGAGAUAUGGGUCAGCCCUUCUAUGUGUUUGAUAAAAUGUCACAACGAAAGUUAAGUAAUAGAGCAGAAAAUGAAUGUAAGGUAAUUGAUAAAUUUGGUAAAAUGAAUGAUUUUCAUCCAAAAUUGGAUAUGGAUUUAGUGGGUGAUAAUAGCUUAGAUCGAUCUAUUUUGCGAAAAAGUAGUGUACAGAAAGUAUUUGAUAAUAUGCCAACCAGAGUACUUGUUUCUUGGAAUACUGUAAUUUCAGGAAAUGCACAAAAUGGUAGAUUUGAAGAUGCUUUAGCAAUGUUAAGGGAUAUGGGAAACGAAAACCUGCAACCAGAUGCUUUUACUCUUUCGAGUGUUCUUCCAGUGUUUUCUGAACUUGUGGUUGUUCGUAAAGGGAAGGAAAUUCAUGGUUAUGCCAUUAGAAAUAGACUCGAUCAUCACUUGUUUGUUGGAAGUGGCUUGAUUGACAUGUAUGCUAAGUGCACGCACAUAAACGAUGCGUACAAAGUGUUUAAUCUUUUACCCUAUCGUGAUAGUAUCUCUUGGAACACUAUUAUUGCUGGGUGUGUGCAAAACGGUUUCUUUGAUGAGGGCCUGAAAUUAUUUAGAGAAAUGGUGAGCGCAAAAGUUAAGCCUGUGAACAUUUCGUUUUCAAGCACCCUUCCGGCCUGUGCUCAUCUCACAACAUUGAGCUUGGGUAAGCAGUUGCAUGGAUACAUAUUGCGGUGUGGAUUUGAAGAAAACGCACUUAUUGCUAGCUCACUCGUUGACAUGUACGCUAAAUGCGGGUACAUCAAGAUUGCUAGGAGUAUAUUCAAUAAGUCGAAGCAACACGAUAUAGUGUCAUGGACAACCAUGAUCAUGGGCUAUGCUUUAAAUGGGCAUCCUGAUGAUGCCAUUUCCUUAUUCAAGCAAAUGGAAACCGAGGGAGUAAAACCCAACUCUGUCGCCUUUCUUGCUGUUUUAACUGCUUGCAGUCAUGCGGGGUUAGUAGAUCAAGCAUGGGAUUACUUUAAUCGUAUGAUCAACGAUUAUGGACUAUCUCCACAGAUGGAACACUAUGCUUCUGUGGCAGACGUUCUUGGUCGAGCUGGAAGGUUGAAAAAAGCUUACGAUUUUAUCAGUAAUAUGUCUGAUGCAAACAGUAGUAUUUGGUCUACAUUGCUUUCUGCUUGUCGGGUGCAUAAAAAUGUCGAAAUGGCUGAAAAAGUUGCUAAAGAAACAUUUAAGGUUGAUCCGAGUAACAUAGAGGCUCAUAUUUUCUUAUCAAAUGCAUAUUCUGCUGCGAGACGAUGGAAAGAUGCUGCAAAUGUGAGACUAACAAUGAGGAGUAAAGGGAUAUCAAAAGAAGCAGCUUGCAGCUGGAUUGAAGUGAAGAACAAAGUACAUACUUUCAUGGCAAACGACAAAUCUCACGAAAGUUAUGAAAAGAUAAAAAAGGCACUAGAAGAAUUAGUCGAGAAGAUGGAAAACGAAGGAUAUGUUCCUGAUACAAGUGAAGUACACCAUGAUGUCGAUGAGGAAUAUAAAAGGAGCCUACUUUUUAGUCACAGUGAACGAUUAGCUAUAGCAUUCGGGAUCAUAAGUACUCCUAAGGGAGCAACGAUUCGCAUAACCAAGAAUAUACGAGUAUGUAAUGACUGCCAUACAGCGAUAAAAUUCAUGUCAAAGAUUGUUAGAAGGGAGAUAAUUGUCAGGGAUAACAGCCGGUUUCACCAUUUUAAAGAUGGAAGCUGUUCUUGUAGAGAUUACUGGUAGAGUGAACCGACUUUCAUGGUGGACGAAGCAGCAGAGGCAAAAUCUAUCAGCUCGGAAGUGAAUACUUCACAUUGCAGUAGAGUUGUAUAUAAGCACAUUAUGUGAUGGUGAAUGGUGAUGAAUGUUGUUAGAAAACAAUCUAUAAUCUAUCUUCUAUAAUUAUUAAAUAAAACAAGCUUAUAUCAUCUACCUUAAAAAAUAUAAUUUUCCCUCCAGUUUGAAAUGAUUAUGUUAUCAUUCAUAAUUUUAAAGUACAAAAAAAUUGAUCAAAAAAAGUCAAAUUGAGUUCGCAUUUACAAACAUGAGUUCCUUUUUUGUCCUUUCUAAUGUUAUGACAUUGU